AUGGCGCCUCUCAACGUGCUGAUGGUCGGGACUGGAGAGUAUACCACAGGAUUCGUGGGUGGAGGCAUGUCAGGUUCGGACAAGAAAGUUGGCGUUGUUGGCCUGACGAUGUUCGAUCUGCGGCGGAGAGGGAAAGUUGGCAAGCUGAGCAUGGUGGGAACGUCAGGCAAUAAGUUUCCAGCGAUCCGGGAACACUUGGACAAAAACAUCACCCAAGUCUACAAUGGCCUCGACACAUCCUUCGACUCAUUCCCCGCAAACGACCAGCGCGACCCAGACGCAUACAAGACAGCCAUCGAUGCGCUGUCACCCGGCGACGCCAUUACAAUCUUCACGCCCGACCCGACCCACUUUCCCAUCGCCAUGUACGCCAUAGAGCGCGGGAUCCACGUUCUCGUCACCAAGCCCGCAGUCCACAAGCUCUCCGACCACCAAAAGCUCGUCGAGGCCUCCCGCAAACACAACGUCUUCGUCUUCGUCGAGCACCACAAGCGCUUCGACCCAGCCUACGCAGACGCGCGGCACAAAGCCAAGAACCUUGGCGACUUCAACUACUUCUACAGCUACAUGAGCCAACCGAAGAGCCAGCUCGAGACCUUCAAGGCGUGGGCGGGGAAGGAGAGCGACAUCUCGUACUACCUGAACUCGCACCACAUCGACGUCAACGAGUCGAUGGUGCCGGACUUCAAGCCCGUGCGGGUGAUGGCCAGCGCGGCGAAAGGCAUCGCAACGGAUCUGGGAUGUGUGCCUGAGACUGAGGACACGAUUACGCUGCUUACGGACUGGGUGAAGAAGACGGAUGAGAGUAAGCGUGCGACUGGUGUGUAUACCGCGAGCUGGACGGCGCCGCAGAAGGCCGGUGUGCACUCGAACCAGUACUUCCACUACAUGGCUAGUAAGGGUGAGGUCAGGGCGAACCAGGCGAAGCGUGCUUACGACGUGACGGAGGACGACAGCGGCCUGAUGUGGUACAAUCCAUUUUACAUGAAGUACGCCCCAGAUGAAGAGGGCAACUUUGCUGGCCAGACAGGAUAUGGCUACAUCUCAUUUGAGAAGUUCGUAGACGCGGUGACUGCCCUCAAAGAGGGCAGAGUUACGCUGGACGAUUUAGACAAGCGUGGCCUUCCAACGAUCAAGAACACGAUCGCAACGGGCGCGAUACUAGAAGCAGGUCGCAGAUCACUAGACGAGCGGCGGCCUGUCGAGAUAGUGGAAGAGGAUGGUGUGUGGUCUUUGAAAUGA